GUCGCGUUUGUGUGUACGUUUCCAUGGAGAUAGCUCACGCACACACACAACUAAAAGGAGUUUAUCGUGAGUGCGUCGCUACUGCUUCUCCCUUCAGUUUAUCUGGAGCUGACAGGCAACGGUUGAAGAAAGUCGCCCUAACUGGUGAGUCUAAAAACACAACAGCGGAAACUGGAAGGAAGGAAGCUGAUAAGACAUAAAACAAAGUGUAUUUUCCAGAUGCGUCUUUUCUGCAAACUUGUCUGCAUCACGAAGAUCCGCUCCUUAUAAAGAUGGACAACGGACUGCAAGAUCACAUUUAAGCUCUUGACGAGAUUUUAGCUGUUGGAGUGUUUUUGGAAAAGGAACAGGAAACUUUUGAGUGCCGGACUGUAGUCUACGCCAGAGAAAAUGAACAGGGAAGAUAUUUGAGUAACACAUUUGAGCUGUGUAUCUAAAAAACAGAAGUGCAACCAAGAGGCUGAUGAAAUCGCUUUAAGAGAAGAUGAAUUGCUACACGAUCCUGAAGCAGCUGGGCGAUGGCACCUACGGCAAUGUGCUGAUGGCGAGAAGCAAUGAGUCUGGAGAACUUGUAGCUAUCAAGAGGAUGAAGCGGAAGUUCUACUCAUGGGAAGAAUGUAUAAAUCUAAAGGAAGUCAAGUCUUUGAAGAAGCUGAACCAUACAAAUGUGGUGAAACUAAAGGAGGUUAUCAGAGAGGAUGAUCAACUCUACUUUGUUUUUGAGUACAUGAAAGAAAACCUGUAUCAGCUGAUGAAGGAUAGAGAGAACAAGAUGUUCACAGAGAAUGAAAUUAGGAACAUCAUGUUUCAAGUGCUGUCUGGGUUGGCUUUUGUGCAUAAGCAUGGGUUCUUCCAUAGAGACAUGAAGCCUGAGAAUCUGCUGUGCAUGGGUCCAGAUCUGGUGAAAAUAGCCGACUUUGGGCUAGCCAGAGAGAUCCGCUCCAAACCACCUUACACAGAUUAUGUCUCAACAAGAUGGUACCGAGCUCCUGAGGUGCUGCUAAGGUCCUCUACCUACAGCUCCCCUAUUGAUCUGUGGGCUGUUGGCUGCAUCAUGGCUGAACUCUAUACCCUUAGACCUCUUUUCCCUGGAGUUAGUGAAGUGGAUGUAAUCUUUAAGAUCUGCCAAGUCCUGGGCACAUUUAAAAAGCCUGAUUGGCCGGAGGGCUACCAACUAGCCACUUCUAUGAACUUUCGCUUCCCCCACUGUGUGCCGACCAACCUGAAGACCCUUAUUCCAAAUGCCAGCAAGGGGGCUAUUGCACUGAUGCAUGACCUCCUGCAGUGGGACCCCAAAAAAAGGCCCACCGCUGUACAGGCCUUGUGGUACCCUUAUUUCCAAGUAGGCCAAUUGUUGGGGCCUCGUUCUCAGAGCCAAGAAGUUAAGAAGGUCCAGACUCGACCGAUUGUUCAGAAGCAGCUCUCCGAAUCAAAACCAGAUCCCCAGGAGCCAUCAUCAGAUUACAAAGCUUCCUCCUCUAAAAGCCAUCAGCAUCAUCAACCCAUUCAUCAGAUUCAACUGCCUCAGAUUGACAGUAAAAUAGAUGGAGUCACCCAGGCAAAGACGGCAUCAGUUGGCAGUGAAAAUGUUAUAGGGAGCAGCGGGAUGGGGCUGCUAAAGAACGGCCGACGUCGCUGGGGACAGGCAGUUUCCAAGACAUCGGACAGCUGGGACGAAUCCGACCAAUCAGAAACGGCAGCUUCCACUUCUAAGAAGCCUAGCCUGGGGACUGGAGAAGAGGCCAGGCGCUCUAAAGAGAACUGCUCACAAUCCAAGGAGCAGAAACCUCUAUAUUCAUUCAGCACAGUAACAAAAAUACCCAGCAAUGUUAAACUUGGCCAAACGGAUAUUAUUCCUGGAUCAGCAGCACGGCAGCGCUAUCUAACCCAGUCCCGUUACCUGCCAGGUUUAAUUAGCAAGAAUCAGACUCCCUCUGGAGAGAAGGGGUUGAGGGGAAUGACACUGCGGGACCUGUUGGAGAACUCAAACACUGUAAAUAAACCACUCUGCCCUAUUGGGGGAGGAGUGGCCGGAGCCAAUGCAGAAGAGAAUGCCUCUAAAUCUAUGGAUAGCACUCCAGAGAAAACUGUUAUCAAAGAACGAAUCCUGGAGAAAACGGAUCUUCUAAAAGGAAACUUCAUUAGCACCAAAUACAACCUCUCAGGUGGCUACAUCCCUACCUUCCAAAAGAAAGAGGUUGGUGCCGCGGGACAGAGAAUCCAGCUCGCCCCCUUGGCGGGCCAGCACUACAUCACUCUUUCUUCUAACUCUCCUCCUGAUCAUAAAAAAGAAAAUAAGCCUGUAAAGCUCAAGCCCAUUUCCAACUCUUCUUUGAGUGAAACUAAUGAAGAUUACGAAGGCUUGAAGCGGCGGGCAGACAGGACUCAGGUGAAGGGCAGCAGCUUUUCAGCGCUAGAGAAAACUCCUGGUAGCCUACUGAGCCGAGCUCCUGGUGUGCAGCCGGUCCACGGCAGGGUGGAUUGGACAGCCAAGUACGGCAGAAAGUGAUUAUCCAAAAAAAACAGGUGGCAGCAACUGAUCACCAUGCUUGGGAGCUAUCUUAAAUCCUGAGCACCUGGAUGCAUAUUUUAUUCCAAGAGGAGUUCAACUUUGCUGCUAUUACACAUACUUCCUAUGGUCGAAUGUUUGCCAAGAGUGUUACUGUCUACGAGGAAAUCUCAAAGUAUUCAUGGGUGAUCCAGUGUAACCCAAUCAAAUGCAUAAUGCUUGCAUGUUAUAAAUUAAACCUUUUUUAAAUUUUAUUUUGUACAUUUGUUGUUCAGAGAUUUGCAACGUUUCAUGCAGGUAGCAGGAUCAUAAUGUUCAUAAUGUAAAAGUACUCCUAGAUUAUUUGUAUCAUGCAAUGAAAUAUUUUGUAAUUAUUUUAUAUUCAUAAAUUAAUAGAAGUUCAAAGUGUAAUAAAAAAACAAGUCUUGAAUUUUUUUGUACAAACUACAUUUCACCAAACAUUUUUUUGUAUUUUUGACCAAAAUAAUAGUGCAUGUUCAAUUCUGAGAGGCUGUUUUAAAACAUGACCAAACUGGAGCUGAAGAGCUUCCACCUACCGCGGACGUUGCAGGCUCCUGGAGCAGCGUCAAACUCAGCUUCCCCACCACCAGGAGGUUUUUUGUUUUUGUUUCAGAAACCCAGAUAUUUCACCUUCUGAAAUUUAAUAAAUCUACUGAUGUAUGGGCUG